AUGCUGCCAGAGCAUAUUAAUGGUGGUAACUUACGCAUUGUAUACUCAGGGUAUCGAGAUCUUAAUAUUAAGUUCCAGUCUAAUCGUAGCAGGGAUUACACAAAUGCUGCGCUUCCUGUUAAUCAGGCUACCAUUGGUAGGGCAGUACAGCCAAUGCCUCCACCUGCUGAUAAUCAUGUGCUUUUGGCUUCAUUUGAAAAUAUGCUCCAUUAUCUCACUUUAGAUGUUGUUCAUGGGAACACUCGAUCUCACGCACUAAUUCAGUAUCAUGAUGUGGCCACGGCAACAGCUGCGAAAGAAGCUCUAGAGGGGCACUGCAUAUACGAUGGUGGCUAUUGUAAGAUUCAUGUGUCAUACUCUCAUCACACUGAUAUCAAUGUAAAGCCUUAUAGUGAGAAAAGUAGAGACUAUGCAAGGCCUGAACACAGUGUGUCUGUUCCACAAGUUCCAGGAACAGCUUGGCAAAAUCCUCAUGCAGUAUCUAUGAACCCUAGCAGUGGAGUCCCUGCUUAUGCCUAUGGUUAUCCAGCUACAUUUCCUGAUCAAGUUUAUGGAUAUGCCCUUGGACAAAGCAACCCCAUUGUUCACACUGAAGGUUACAUCGAAUUCACUCCACAUGGGGUUCCUGCUUUCUCACCUCCAAUGCAAGCAGGUUUUCUAGGAUUUUUACCUGCUUGUGUACAACCUUAUUAUUAUGGUUACUAG